CGGACAAAACAAGGCAUCGCCUCUUGCCUUGAGCUGGUUUCCUUCGUCCGAGCAACACGCCUUGUAAUUUUAAGUUACUACCCAUCUCCUACUGCCGAAGAUUUCUUCUCGCUGUAACUCUCUCAUUUACUGCUGUACAGGGCAGUCGUCUCUUCUUCAAACUUCAGUAAUGUCCUGCUACCUGCUCGGAAGUCUGUUGUUGUAUAACCUCACACGUUCUCUAUCUCGCAAAAUCCAGGGGUCGCUUACGGUUUCUUCCUGCGCUCAGCGAUGGAACUCGCCCUCCUCGAUUGGCUUCGCGUUCCCCGAGACGUGUUGCGAACACUUGAUUAUUGAGGGAAUUAUUUCCAUCCUAUGCCAUCGGGCUUCUCUGUCCAUGUUCAAGGCUCCAGCGUUACAAAAGGUGACAUGGAACUAUCACAUUCUCUUGUGACGAACAAACCGAAUGGCGAGUGCAGGAUGUAACUACUAGAACCGACACUUCGGUGAGGGAAGCAUGAACGCCUCGGGGCAUCAGGAUAGG